AUGUCGACUCUUGAGGAUCUCGACGACCUUGAGCGCGAAACCCAAGACAAGAAGGAAGAGCAGGGCGAUGGCGAUGGCAAGAAGCCCGUCGGUGACGGCGAUGAAGAAAUGAAAGAUUCUGACAAGAAGGAUGAUGGAGAGGAGCUGAUUGAUGAAGAAAUUCUGCACUCAAGCACGGCAGACAUCGUCAAGCGGAGGCGAAUGCUGGAGAACGAGAUGCGGAUCAUGAAGAGCGAGUUCCAGCGCUUGACACACGAGCAAAGCACAAUGCGAGACAAGGUCAAGGAUAACCAAGAAAAGAUCGAAAACAACAGACAACUACCGUAUCUUGUUGGAAACGUUGUCGAGCUAUUGGAUCUUGACGUAGAGGCCGAGGCAGCUGAGGAAGGGGCCAAUAUCGACCUGGACGCCACACGUGUGGGCAAAUCUGCCGUCAUAAAGACCUCCACCCGCCAAACCAUCUUCCUUCCCCUCAUUGGUCUCGUCGAUCAUGAGACACUCAAGCCCGGUGACUUGAUCGGUGUCAAUAAGGAUUCAUAUCUCAUUCUGGACACACUACCAGCCGAGUAUGACAACCGCGUUAAGGCCAUGGAGGUGGACGAGAAACCAACGGAGAAGUACACGGAUAUUGGUGGUCUGGACAAGCAAAUUGAGGAGAUUGUAGAGGCCAUUGUAUGGCCGAUGAAGGAGGCCGAGCGCUUCAAGAAGAUUGGCAUCAAGGCCCCGAAGGGAGCUUUGAUGUACGGUCCCCCAGGAACCGGUAAGACACUUCUGGCACGAGCCUGUGCUGCUGAGACGAACGCAACAUUCCUCAAGUUGGCCGGACCACAACUGGUGCAAAUGUUCAUCGGAGACGGAGCCAAGCUGGUGCGUGAUUGCUUCGCACUGGCCAAGGAGAAGGCCCCCUCAAUCAUCUUCAUCGACGAGCUAGACGCAGUAGGCACAAAGCGAUUCGACUCCGAAAAGUCCGGUGACCGUGAAGUGCAGCGUACCAUGCUGGAACUUCUGAACCAGUUGGACGGCUUCGCCUCAGAUGACCGUAUCAAAGUCCUGGCCGCGACUAACCGUGUCGAUGUGCUUGAUCCCGCCCUUCUUCGAUCCGGUCGUCUGGACCGCAAGAUCGAGUUCCCUCUCCCCAAUGAGGAGGCUCGUGCCAACAUUUUGCAGAUCCACUCCCGCAAGAUGUCUGUGGAGGAUAGUGUUAACUGGGCCGAGCUGGCUCGCAGCACAGACGAGUUCGGUGGUGCCCAACUCAAGGCUGUUUGCGUUGAGGCUGGUAUGAUCGCGUUGCGUAAGGGUAUGACCAAGGUUGGCCAUGAGAACUACGUCGAUGCUAUUUCCGAAGUCCAGGCCAAGAAGAAGGAUAUCAACAUGGGUAUUUACGUCUAG